AUUAUUAUUUAUUAUUAUUAUUAUGCAAGAUUUUGAUGCUCGGACGCAGUGCUUAUUGAAUUGAUAUGGAUUCCACAAUGAGCUUAACUGUGACUUUAUUAUUUAAAGCCUGGUAUUAAAAAUAUGUUGAAUAUUUCUAAUCCAGAUAUUUUUGACAUUGUUUUAAAACAGCAAAACUAUUUUUAAAAAAGUGAACGGUCACCCAUGGCUUCUGCCGGAGAGACAACCCUUAGUUCGGAAGCUGGAGAGUUAACCCUUAAUUUGGAAACGACCAUAAAAUUCGUGAAGCUCUGCGCCUCGAAAUUCGGUUGGGAAGAUUUGUCAGAAGCUACAGUGAUGGACCUCGGAUGCGGCAAAGAUUUGAAUUGCGCCAGAACCGUUCUCGAAGAUUUUCCGAAUGUCAAAUCCAUUAUUGCUCUUGACGGCAACCGAGAACAGCUUGAUGAAAUAACUUUCAAAUCUGAUAAAAUCAUACACUUGCUUGCGGAUAUAAGGCAUAGGAGAGAAAUUCGUCAGUAUGAAGGAAAAAUCGACAAAAUCAUUUCAACUCACGUUCUCCAUCAGAUUCCCAGCAAAGAAAGAGUAUUUAGGAAUGUUUAUCGAUUAUUGAAAUCUGGAGGGGAGGCUGCAUUUCUCUUCACAUCGGAUUUGGGAAUCUACCAUGUUUUAGAGAGCCUGCAAAUGGAUGACAAGUAUAAGGAUUACUUCAAGGGUUCAGACAUCACAGAAUUAUAUUCAAGCAAAAUUAAAUCAGAUGACUACAGAGAAAUGCUCGGAAGACUUGGAUUUGAAGUCAUCGAAAUAACUGAAACAAAGGACCAUAUGUCUGUCGAACACUUUGGAUUAUUUGAAAACACAUUGUUCAAAUUCGUAGCUGCAGCUUUUUCUGUGCCUUCCGAAUUGGUUACUGAAAUAAAUGAGGCGGCUUCGCAUCUUUAUCUAACUAAAUUCUGCGAGCAAAGUUCUAUAUACGCAUCGACCGAGAUGUCCAUUUUUGUGAAAAAGCCCUCCGAACUUCCAUCCGAUUCAUGCUCCAAUUCUUAAGACUAGUGGAACAUUUUAAACUGCUUUGUAUUUUUAUG